CGGUAAUGACUUGGCAGCCCAACAUUCCUUUUAGGACGAUCACGUCUCGGCUGCCUUUCGGAUCCGUCCUCGACCUCCCCGGUUUGGGCCGUUGUGUGUACCGAUCGUAUCAUGUGGCCCCAUGCCUACUAGCCAAGGCAGACCUAGUCAUGUGUCAUCUAGUUAGUUUGAUUUUUUUAGAUCAAAGUGUAUAAAUUUCAAUCAUGAAGAUAUACAUAAAAUAUGCUUGUUACAUAUUAAUCCAAUGAAAUGAUUUUUCUAAAAAUGUUUUGCCAAAAUUCAAUUUGUACCAAUAUAUAAUGCAAACUUGAUUUAACUUAUAAUCAAAUUCAUCUAUUUGAUUUGAAAAACUAAUUGAAGAAAUACUCGGGUGUGCAGAGAAGGUAUUAAGGUCUUUAUUAUGUACUCCCUCCGUCCCCCUGUACUUAUCCACAUUUAACUUUUGGAACUGUUCAUCUAAACACUUUGACUCAUCAAAUUCUCUCAAUGUGGAGACGGAGGGAGUACAAAGAGAGAUAGGCAUGCCUUUGUACAUCAAAUUUGUGUACAAACUACCAAAUUAAUUAAAUAAAUACUCUGUGGUAAACGAUAUUCUUCCUAAAAACAAAGUUAACAAACUAACAGCGCCCAAUGCAUUUAAACAAACAGACUCUCCUGUGCCUCCUCAACCACAUCUCAUGUAUUAUUAUUUCAUUUCUCCGAACCGGGGUGGGGGGUUUAUCGGGGGGUUAGGGGGUAGGAACCGUCAAUUUUACGAACGGUUACGAACGGGGCACCGGAGUGACCCCGAGUCAUCCUAUGACAUUAAGGUUCAAUGUCAUUUGAACAUUCCCCUUCUCCGAAGUACGAGUAGUAAAAAUACACUUUAGAAAUGAAAUGAUUAUAUUAUUUUAACAAACAACUAACAAAAAUAAAGAAAAAAUAGUUGAUUAAUUUGGGAAAGGAAUAUAUGCCACAAAUAUCCACCAAGAACCUUCUCAUAUAAAGAAAGAGAAAAGUGCACCGUUUAUCCACGAAUUCUUCAUAAAUUGCACGCUUUAGUUCCAAACAUUAAAAGGUGUACCAAUUAUCCCUCAAUUCUUCCAAAAUUGAACGAUUUACCAAUGAACAUUAAAAAGUACACCAAAUAUCUAGUUUUGACUUUUUUAUCCAUCAUUUUUAACUUUUGAUUUAUAAUUAAAUAAAAUAUAUAUUGCAUACUAAUUAGAUGAAAUAAUUUUUUGAAAAUAUUUGAUAUAAUAAAUCUACUAAAACUAUUUAUGUACCAAUACGUAAUAUUAUUUUUAUUUAAUUAGAGGUCAAAUAUUACUAAUUUUAACCCAGAAAAGAUAAAAAUAGAUAAAUACUCAAAGAUAGGGGAAAUAAUAUACAUUAUCUUCAUGAACCUAACAUACCUUACAAAUUUAGGGGUUUUUAAAUCAUUAUUUACGAUAACUAGUUUUAGAAGAGAAUACUGGUUUGGCCACUACCGAGAGAGAGAGAGAGAGUGAUAGAAUUUAUUAAAAUUACCCUGGAAUUUACGGAGUACGUAGUAUAUAUGCUUUCUCGGUCAGAUUGGGGUUUUAAUAAAACUAUGUAUAAUUAAGGCCUAAUUUAAAUUUAGAAAAGACAAAGACCGUAAAUUUAUUUCCCAUGAUUAAAAGAAAUUCGAAAGUAUUCUAGAAAUGGACAAUCUAAUAUUGUGAAUGAAAAAGAAUAAAGAUGAAAAGUUUAUUAAGAAAAAUUAUAGGAGUAAUACAUACAUACACUGAUACACACACACACAUCAAAUGGGUGAAGAAGGGGAUAAUGGAGGGAGCUCCCUUCAGUCCAAUCUGAGAUAGAGGAAAAGGUGAAAUCAGUCUCCCGCGUCAUUCACUCAUUCCCAGCAGCAGUCUCUUAGAUAAACAUCUGCUGUGUUUGAAUAAAUGAGUCGGGAGCUAAUUCAAACCCUUCCUUGUUCGGUUUGGACUGAAUGGGUCUCCCCCCCCUCUCUCUCUCUCUCUAUCUGAUCGCCACAUUCUACCUUAUUCGGACAUGUUUGGGAAUAUCGUUAAAUAUUGGUGUUAGCAUUUUGGAUAAAAUUUUAGCGGUGCAGAUUAUUUUAAAAAAACACUAACACUAUCCGUAGAUAGGUUUUUCAAAACACUAACGUUAAUAUCUCUAAAAUUAUUUUCAAACAUGCCCUUCAUCUUCCUCGACAAAAAAGAUUAAAACAAACCUCAGAUGGGAGUGCGAGAGAAAUACAUUUGGGAUAUGAGGAGAAGUUGUGAGAGAUGGAGAGAGGCAUCAGGCCAUGUAUGAUUGGGCUUUAUCCGAAUAGCGUGCAGAACCGAUUUCUAGCGGAUUCUUGGCCUGCAAAACCGUUGACUCACACAGUUGAAAGUUUCAGUCGGAGCGAGACGACGAUCGGGAAGAGAGGAGCUGCGGUGGGCGAAUUUCGACUUGAAUACAUCUCCUUAACUAUAUAAAUUAAUCCUUUAUUGCGGCGGCGGCGGUGGUAGAGUCGGUGCCCAGGCAGAGGCGCAGUGAUUCUGACCGCAUGGCGUACCGGCGGAGGCAGCAAAUGCAUAGGACUUCUGCUUCCAGAGACGAGUUUGAUAGUCCGCGCAACCCUCCCCCGCCUCCGAUAUCAAUCCCCGGAGAAAACUCGUCUUCUUCUUCGUCGGCGUCGUCUUCGCUCGCUGCUAAGGCCAUCCGAGCCUCAUCGGCGCAUCGCGACUUCUCUCUGUCAUCGGCGUAUGGAGAAUCUGCUGUUUCGUCUCCUAGGGAUUCUAACCCCCUCAGAUCUCCAUAUCAUGCUUCCUCAACAAAGGAUACAUCCAACUACGUAUAUACUUCAAUGAAAAGCUUGGAUGAACCAAAACAAGGAUUUUGGAGUGCACUGGCCAGGAAGGCAAAAUCCAUUCUUGAUGAUGACGAUGCUGACCAACUACUGCAUGAAGCUGCAGAGGGGACAACAGCACGUCAGAUGUCGGAUAAUACAACAAGGGGUCAGCGUCAUGAAGGGCAAAGAAAACCAGAAAAUCAUGAAGUGCAGAAAGGAUUGGAUGUCCUUGCAUCUUCACUUAAUUAUAUUAGCGGCACCAUUGGCAAUGCUUUUGAGGAGGGCCGUGCAGUUGUGAAGAAUCGUACUGCAGAUAUUCUUCAGGAAACACGCAAGCUGCAAAUAAGGAGAAAGGGAAGUACUGGUACUUCUUUGCAGAAUGAAGCUUCGAAUGUAAUUGGAACGCGGCAAAAACCUGUUAUGUGGAACCAUAUGCAAACCCAGCCACAGACUGAUUUAAACACUCAGCUGAAAGCAUCUCGCGACGUUGCAAUGGCUAUGGCUGCAAAAGCAAAACUACUACUACGGGAGUUGAAGACUGUAAAAGCUGAUCUGGCUUUUGCAAAAGAGCGUUGUGCACAGUUAGAAGAAGAAAACAGAGCUCUUAGACAAAGUCGCGAAAAAGGUGGCAAUCCAGAAGAUGAAGAUUUGAUAAGGCUCCAACUGGAGACACUUUUGGCUGAGAAGGCAAGGUUGGGCCAAGACAACUCAGUUCUUACGCGGGAGAACCGUUUCCUGAGGGAAAUUGUUGAGUACCACCAGCUCACCAUGCAGGAUGUUGUGUACCUGGAUGAAAAUAGUGAAGAAGUCACUGAAGUUUACCCUGUAAAGGUUGCAAGUCACUUGGACACCGGUGACCUCUCAUCUCACCCUUUGCCAUUCUCAGAGCCUUCAGAGGCUUCUGAUGGUGGUGAUACCUCCUGCAUACCCGAACCAACAAAAAAUGGUCUCGGAAGACAUUCAAAGUCAUUUUCGUAAAAUGGUUUUUCCCCGUGUGUGUUGGGGUGGGGGUGGGGUGGGGUGGGGUGACAUCUGGUUUACAUUCCCAUGUGUCUGUUAUAUACUCGAGGACGGUGGGUGGAUGCACAUUUGCACAUAACUCAUGUAUUACUAAAGAAAGAUUAGGUUUGAAGAGGAAAGUCCCUUUGUUAUUAUGGAACCUUGCAAAAGAGGUCUUUUGGAGUGUAUACUUUUGAAGAGAAAAAAAGGAUAUUAUGGGAGCCUUAAUGUGGUUCUGCAAGUUGUAGGGAACAUAUGAAUAUGAUGUGAUACAUAUAAUAAGGCUCACAUGCCAUGUUGUGUUGGAAAAUGUUACUUUAAUCCCAGGAUGCUAUCAAGUUUGACACCAUGAUUUCACACUGUGAAAUGAUUUUGAAAUGGCCGAAUAAGAAACAGCCACUUGACGG